AGAGUACUGUACCUUUUGAUGGGAGAUAUUGAUAGUAAAAGAUUUCAACACUCAGCACAACAGUUUUAUGAAGACAAAUUAAGGCGGAGCAGAACGCGGCCCGCUGUAAGCCCAGGCAUGUGUGAUUUGUGUGAUUGGGUUUAGACGGCGUUGGUCGGCGGCAACGUCUUGGGGGUCCAGAUGACCGGAUGCUCCACGGGCAAUGCGCGCUGUCCUGCUAACAAUAUCAAGUUUGCACCAUCACUGUGGGCCUCAGAGGACGAGCUGUUUGUGGAAUAGAUCCAAGAUUCUUGUAACUUUUCUGCUAGCCACAUCCUGUUCAAACACAUCUCUCUCCUCUCGUAUACCCUCCUCUGUCUGUCCUGCAGCCCGCUCUUAUUCCCUCUUGCUCAACAGACCUUUAAACAUUACAGUCCUCUCUCCACAUACACACCCCCUCAAUCUGGCCCCUUUCUCUUCUUUUAGCUUUCAUUUCCAGUUCCUUAUCUCCUUUACCUGCAUGAGAAGGACAGUCUUUCCCAGUCUUGUCCCAAACUCUCACUACACCCCUCUCCUAAAGCUUCUUUUCCACUAAUGGGCACCAUAUCAGACAGCAGCACCACAUUCCCUUCAUUGUCACUGAGAACCGCUCUCCACCCCUAACUACCUUGCCAACACGAACAUCAACACAACCCAAUGGAGACAAAAGAUAUGAUGAUGACGAGCAUGCUGACAAUGGACAAAGGGGAGAAUGAGGGAGAGAGGGACAAGGAGAGUGAGGACAUGGGGGGAGAAGAGGAUGGGACACAGCGUGAAAAUGGUAGACUUAUGCUUGCUGAUGGGCUUGCAGACAGAGGUCCCAAGAGCAUGACAUCUGGCUCUGGCCAGCAGGUGUCCAAUGGCUUCACAACAUCCACCCCUCAGAGCCCCAGGGAGGGCCCAGGGACUGCAGCUUGCGCUGCGGGUACAGCCGCAGGACCCGGAAGCGGUACUGGAUCCUCAGCACCUCUGGGAGGCCUAAGGACUCUGAUGGUCCAGCAAACAAGCUUGGACAGGCCCAGAGAAACCUGGAGCAAAAAGAUGGACUUCCUGCUGUCCGUGAUCGGCUACGCCGUGGACCUGGGAAAUGUCUGGCGCUUCCCAUACAUCUGCUACCAAAACGGAGGAGGUGCCUUUUUGCUGCCCUACCUGUUGAUGGCAGUGUUCGGAGGGGUGCCUCUGUUUUACAUGGAGCUAGCUCUCGGCCAGUUUCAUCGCAGUGGCUGCAUCUCCAUCUGGAAACACAUCUGUCCCAUCUUCAAAGGGAUAGGCUUUGCCAUCUGUAUCAUAGCCCUCUACGUAGCCUUCUACUACAACACCAUCAUGGCCUGGGCCUUGUACUACCUACUGUCAUCAUUCCGGGCCACUUUGCCUUGGUCCACCUGCACCAACCCCUGGAAUACAGCCAACUGUAACCGCUACAUGUCCUCAGACCACAACGUGUCCUGGUCCAACUCCUCUACGUCCCCUGCUGAGGAGUUCUAUACCCGGCAGGUGUUGCAGGUCCAUCUCUCCCCAGGUCUGCACGAGUUGGGCUCUAUCAGCUGGCAACUGGCUUUAUGUCUGCUCUUCAUCUUCACCAUUGUUUACUUCAGCAUCUGGAAAGGAGUCAAGACGUCUGGAAAGGUAGUUUGGGUGACUGCUACCUUUCCCUAUUUGGUCCUCCUGAUCUUGCUCAUCCGUGGGGCCACCCUGCCAGGGGCCUGGAGGGGUGUCGUCUUCUAUCUCAAACCUGACUGGGAGAAGCUGCUUUCCACUACUGUCUGGAUUGAUGCAGCAGCUCAGAUCUUCUUCUCUCUGGGUCCGGGAUUUGGCGUGCUCCUUGCCUUUGCCAGCUACAACCCGUUUCACAACAACUGCUACAAAGAUGCGUUGGUCACCAGCUCAGUGAACUGUCUGACGAGCUUUCUGUCUGGCUUUGUCAUCUUUACUGUGCUGGGCUACAUGGCUGAGAUGAGGCAACAGAAUGUGGACGCUGUGGCAAAGGAUGCAGGUCCCAGUCUGUUGUUCAUCAUUUAUGCAGAAGCCAUAGCAAACAUGCCUGCUGCCACCUUCUUUGCCAUCAUCUUCUUCCUCAUGAUCAUCAUGUUGGGUCUGGAUAGCACGUUUGCAGGCUUGGAAGGGGUAAUCACAGCUAUGCUAGAUGAGUUCCCUCAUAUGCUGGUUAAGAGACGAGAGUGGUUCGUCUUUGGCCUCGUGUGUGUGUGUUACCUUGGAGCUCUCUCUACGCUUACAUAUGGAGGAGCGUUCGUAGUGAAGCUGUUUGAGGAGUACGCUACGGGCCCUGCAGUCAUCACUGUGGUGCUGCUGGAAGUCAUUGCUGUGUCCUGGUUCUACGGCACCAACCGUUUCUGUAAUGACGUGCAGGUCAUGCUUGGUUUUUACCCGGGUUGUUUCUGGAGGGUCUGCUGGGUGGCCAUCUGCCCCUGCUUUCUGCUGUUCAUCAUCAUCAGCUUCCUGGCCUUCCCUCCAGAGGUCAGGUUGUUUGAUUACCACUACCCACCAUGGACUACUGUCUUGGGCUACUGCAUCGGGGUGUCGUCAUUCAUCUGUGUGCCCUCUUACAUGGUCUACCACCUGCUUAAUGCUAAGGGCACAUUCAAACAGCGUCUGUUAAAAAGCAUCACGCCAGUGCCCGGCGGUGACAGCCACAGGGAUUUUAUUGUCACAAAUGCAGUCUGACCAAACCCUGACCAAAAGAAAAGUGCAACUCUACCUACCUGGAGUGCCCUCUUCUGGACAUACUGCAAAACUACAGGACAAGGGGGCUACCUUUCACCGUCUUUGCCUCUUUUCGUGCAUCUCCUACACUCGUUCCAUCCAAGUUGUAGAAAUGUAAACGGAGUUAGUUGAAGCCAGGCAUUAGUAGAUAUGUCUAGCUUGGUUCAGAUCGGAUCCUCGUGCUGUUUUUGUUUUUUUUCUAAGUUUUGCAGAGUCUCUGUGGUCACCUUCUCAUUUCUGUCCCACCUAAAAGGGGUCACCAGAGUCACUCAGUGACCAGGUUUUUCUUCAGGUCACCCAGCUCUAACAGUAAUUUUAUAUAAUAAGUGAUAAGUAUGACACAAUUUCUUUAAUGUAGACAGUAAAACAUAUACCCAAACAGGAGAUACUGUACAAUGAACUCAGUCAGCGAAGGCCAGAUAAAUACAUUACAGUCCUCUCUGCUCUGACUGUUAAUGGUUGUAUUUUUAUUUAAUGCUGUUAAGUUAUGCAUUCUAAUAUGUAGCAAAUUCAGGUAUCUUUUACAUCUGUUACUGAAGCCAAAUAUAUGAUAUCUGUUCUGUUCUUGUUUCUAAAGUCGUUUCAAUAUUGUUGUGGUUUUGUUGUGUUGACUGUCAGCCUGUGUUUAUUUGGUGGCAUCUUGGAGGAAGGACAGAUCUGCAAUGAGGUUCCUACACUGUGAAACACUGUCUGGUAGUGGUAUGAAUGUGUACGUUUGUGACUGUGUGUGGUCAUGUAGAAGAAGGACUGUUAUAAUAACCAGUGGAAAGUAACCACUUGUAUUCAUUCUUGUAACUGCAAUAUAACACGAGUUUAUUUUACAAUGUAGCAGUGCUGUCGUUGCAUCUUUCACCACACAUUACCAGACUCAGUGCCGAUGGUCUUUGUUUAAUUACACUCAUGCUCUGCGCUCUGCCGUCGUACUGCGUAUCUGUCAGUAGGAGAAGCCAAAUAUGGAUCAGAGCUAAUACCAUUACCAGUAUCACAGUCUGAAAGUCA